GCGACGUCGCGACAAAACCCAGAUCCUUGAAUGCAAUCGGAAACUAAAAAGGCACUUUUAAGGAAUCAACACGAUGUCGUUUCAUCAUAACCGCUAAAAUAAAUACUUAAAAACCGGUUUGAGUUUUGAUUUUUUUUGGUAGGAUCUUAAACCGGUUUGAUAAAUAAGGAAAACCAGUGAUGAGAACUAUACUUAGAAACGACGCCGUUUCAUCAAGCAUCAUUCUUCUACGUCUGGUUUGUUUUUCUUCAGCCGCAAAUCCAAGUCGACGAAUACGACGAUUUUAGUUAUUCGGCCGGAAAGGUUGAUAAUUUCGUGUGAUUAAUCUAUGGAGUUGGAAUUUGAAUCAAAGUACGAGAUUAACCGUACGGCGGAGUUCAUUAUUAGCAAAAGCUUCACCAGAAUUGCUUUACAGUUCCCGGAUGAGUUGUUAAAAGAUUCGACUAAGGUCGUGAGUGCUCUUAAGAGCAAAACUCGUUUGCUUACUGACAGAGAAGUCAGGUUCUUUGUAAUGGCUGACACAACUUAUGGUAGUUGCUGUAUUGAUGAAGUUGGAGCUUUGCAUAUUGAUUCUGAAUGUGUUGUUCAUUACGGUCAAACAUGUCUAAGCCCGACAUCAGUUCUUCCAGCAUUCUUCGUUUUUGGGAAAGCUUCGAUAAACGUCUCCAGCUGUGUUAAGCAUUUGAUAGAUUAUGCGUCAAAGAGCGAUAAGCCUAUCAUGAUUCUUUAUGGUCUAGAAUACGCGCAUGUAAUUCCACAAAUCCGAGAAGAAUUAGGAUUAUCGAAGACUGAUUCUCAAUUAUCUGUAGCCAAUGUCUUGUGUUCAUUCAUUAGUCCAUCCAAAGAUCCUAGAGAAUCCAUGGAGCAUCCGAGACCAUAUAGCGAAAGUGAUUCUAGUGAUAGCUUAUCCUCAUCUAGGAGCUAUAGACUAGGAGGGCUAACUUGGGACUUGCCAGAAGGAAGCAAAAUCGAGGACUAUUUACUUUUCUGGAUAGGUUCUGACAGUUCAGCUUUUGCCAAUGUAGUACUGACCUUCAAUGGUUGUGACAUAGUCAGAUAUGAUGCUGAAGAAGAUUCUUUGGUGACGGAAUUUUAUCAACAAAGAAGGAUACUUAAGCGACGAUAUUACUUGGUGGAAAAAGCUAAGGAUGCGAAUAUUAUAGGUAUUUUGGUGGGGACUCUUGGUGUUGCUGGUUACCUUCAUAUGAUUCACCAUAUGCAAGCACUCAUAUCUGCAGCUGGCAAAAAAUCUUACAUUCUUGCCAUGGGACGGCCUAACCCGGCCAAACUCGCAAACUUCCCCGAGUGCGAUGUUUUCAUCUACAUCUCAUGUGCCCAAACGGCUCUUUUAGAUAGCAAAGAGUUCAUGUCCCCUGUCAUUACUCCGUUCGAAGCCAAUCUUGCUUUUAGCAGAGGGAGUGAAUGGACAGGUGCAUACCUAAUGCAUUUCCAAGAUGUGAUCAACUCUGUAAAAUCAGAAUCAGAAGCACAUAUCGGAUCAGAGGAGCCACGGUUCUCCUUCUUUCAGGGUGGUUACGUAGAAGAUCACAAAACAAAUGAUCAAGCUAAGAAUGGAGAAGAAGACACAGGAGAGACAAUGACAUUGGUACAAGCUGCAGAGAAAGCAUUGCAGUUGCGAGGCAAUGAUCAUAACUCAUUGACUAAACAAACCGCUGCAAAAUCAGGACCUGAGUAUUUCCUUAACCGAGUUUAUCGCGGUUUGGAGAUAAAUAGUGAGAAUACUUUGCCGGAGCCUUAUAUAGUUGGGAGAAGCGGGAAGGCGUCUGGAUACAAGCACGAGUAGCAACUCCAAGAAGUUGAGUUUGAUCACAAAGAAAGAUUUGUGCUAUGUCAGACACUGUUUUACUGGCUUCCUAUGAGAUUGUUAGAAGAGAAAAUGUUUGCACACACACAAAAUGUUUGCCGUCCAUUAUAUCCUUUUUCUCUCUCCCUCUCUCUCAUACCAUUUCCUUCCUUAUUAAGUUGUUAAAUGUUACAAACGUAUUAAUUGAGAUGCAAAGUAGAUCUAGCCUUAACUUUGUAAGAAUCAAUUAUAAGUUUAUGGAAGAUAUCUUUAAAGUUUAAGGUUAAUUAAAACCUUUUCAAAAGGUCUUAAAUUUUAAAAAAGUUGUUUCAACUUGUUUGUCAAGACUCUC